UCAACUGCGUGGUGUAGAGGUUACAAAAAUGGAACUAAAGGAAAACUGCACCAUCAGAAAUACACAUACAGAACCCAACACGAGUCUUUCAUUGUUAUGAUGUUUUCUAAAUCUGUUGCCAAUUCGAGUUUGGUAUUUAGAAUGUCUGGUGUCUCUUAUCUUACAUUUUUCUUUGUCUCUCAUCUUUUACUUGGUUCUUUGGCUCAAGAAGAAGAGGGCUCCAGCCCAAAAUGUCAACCUUUUCAUUGUGGAAUGCUUGGCCUUGUAAGCUUCCCUUUUUUCAAUGAAACGUAUCCUGAAUGUGGAUUCUUGAGAAUAAAGAACUGCACUGAACAGGAGUCUCCUAGCAUUCAAUUGGGAAAAGAUUGGCCAAGGCUUUAUGUUGAUCACAUCUCUCAGGAUUAUAAGUUUCAGCUUCACGAUCAACCAAUAAAUUGGUCAGGCCCACCAGAAUUUAACAAGUCGGGGAGCAACAGAAGCUGUGAUGGAUUAUUAAAAAAAUUUACCCUGGCAAGCCCAUAUUCAGUCUUUUUUAAAAUCAAUCAAAACCUGCUCAAUUGUUCCCAUGGCGGAAAGCCCGAAGAUUUUGGACCCCGGAAGCUUUGCAAUGACUCCACGUACGACAUUUUCGACGAGAAGUGCCCGUCAAAACUCCCAUCUAAUUGCUUUCGUAUCUUGUUCACAAAUAAGACGAUUCAAAAGGGUGUUACCUUCUUGAACUUGUCCACCCAUAUGUUUGAACUCCAAGUGACUGAAGAAUGUGUUCUGUGUCGUACCAGGGGAGGCAAAUGUCAAGUUUACAAGGAGAAAUUUCAUUGUUUAAUAGCCUCAGCCCCCUCCUCAUCUGAACUUGGACGAACUCAGAAAGAUAAACAACAAUGGUGGAAGCUAGCCUUGGGACUAGGUAUCGGAAUUGGAGGAUUAGCCAUCCUGAUUGUUGUAUUGAUUUGGUCCAUCCACCGUCACAAGAAAAAAAUAUCUGCAAGCUUCAACUCAAGACUCAUUUCCAAUGAUCCCCCAAGAUCAGAAUUGGAAGUAGGUAGUGUCUGUUUUGGUGUCCCGCUCUUCUCAUACAAAGAACUUGCAGAAGCCACUGAUAACUUUAGUCAUGAGAAAGAGCUUGGAGAUGGUGGCUUUGGACGGGUGUAUUACGCGAAACUUCAGGACGGGAGGGAAGUUGCAGUGAAGCGCUUUCAUGAGCACAACAAUAGAAAGUUUGAGCAGUUUAUGAAUGAAAUUGAGAUCCUCACUCGAUUGCGCCACAAGAAUCUUGUGUCCCUUUAUGGCUGCACUUCACGUCACAGUCCACAGGGUCUCCUCCUGGUGUAUGAAUUCAUUCCUAAUGGAACCGUUGCUGAUCAUCUUCGCGGUGGAAGAGUGAAGCCUGGCUCACUUCCAUGGCCUAUUCGCAUGAACAUCGCAAUAGAAACAGCUAGCGCAUUGGCUUACCUCCAUGCUUCUGAUAUCAUACACAGGGACAUGAAGACUAACAACAUUCUACUUGAUAACAACUUCAGUGUAAAAGUUGCAGAUUUUGGGCUUUCGCGGUUGUUUCCAACCGAUGUCACUCAUGUCUCAACAGCUCCACAAGGAAGUCCGGGCUAUGUCGAUCCUGAGUAUCAUUUAUGUUAUCAGUUAACAGAUAAGAGUGAUGUUUAUAGCUUUGGAGUUGUCCUGAUUGAGCUCAUUUCAUCAAUGCCUCCUGUUGAUAUGAACAGGGAGAAACAAGAGAUUAACUUGGCUUACUUAGCAGUAAACAGGAUUCAGAAUUCUGCACUUGAAGAGCUGAUUGACCCAUGUCUUGGAUUUCAAUCAGAUGAAGAAGUUAAAAGGAUGACAACUUCAGUUGCAGAGCUUGCCUUUCUAUGUCUGCAACAGAACAGGGAAAUGAGACCUUCCAUGAAUGCGGUAUUGGAGGAAUUGAAGAGAAUUCAAAGUUGCAGCGUGCAGCAUACAGCUUCAUCACCAGAUUUUGAAGUGGCUUCCUUGUUGAAGAAUGUCAGUCUGUCAUCAACAUCCGUGACAUCAAAAUGGGUUAGCAGCGAAAUUACAUCUAGUCGUAGUAGUUAAUGGUUUAUUGGCCUUUUCUAAGCUGUAGAAGGCUGCCCACCAUGAGGAUAAUUGUAUUGUGAAUUUAAUCUUAAUGAGACUUUAACCGAAUAAAGAGAAAAUCUUUGACAAAAACAAUCUAUCAAAGGCACAAAAGUUUAUGCGGUUUGUCAA